GGGAAAAAGUUUUCGCACCGGUUCUAACCAAACCGGUGCAAAAAAUUAAUUAAUCGCACCGGUGCGAAAAAUGAGUUAAUCUCCGAACCAGUGCGAAAGCUAUUGUUAAAUAAAAAAAAACCCGGUCUGUAUAUAUACUCUUUCAUUUCCUUGAUCUUUCCUCCUCUCUCAUCUGCCUCUCUCUCUCCUCCAUUGAAGCGUACUCAAAAUUCUCCAUUGAAGGGGCUUCUGAGCUUUCUCUUAGCACUUUCCUCAAACUCCUUAUUUCUCCUUCGAUCUCCUUCUCCAUAACCGCCACUUUCCCUUUCCUUUCUUCUCUCUUUCGACCUCCUUCUCCUUCUCUGUCCGAAAUCAGCGUCAUUAGAAGCAAGCACAACCAACAUCGCCGCUGCCGUCAAUUUUUCCUUCUUUCUAUUUCCCCUCUUCGUUCUUUCUGUUUCCCCUCUUCCUUCUUAUCUCUCUCUUCUCUCUCCUCUCUCCUCAAACAAACCCUAAUCUACUGAAGAUUUUGGCCUUGAAUGACCUGUUGCCCUCCUUCGAAAACCGGCGUCAAUUUGAACCAAGGACAACCAUCAUCGCCGCCGCCGUCUAUUUCCUGAAUCUACAAUAUUGGAGGUUAGGGUUUCUGGGCGCGUCUAUGUUAAAUCAAUUCGAUGUGCGUGCGUCUUCAACAACAACAAAUUCGAAUCAAUUUCGAACCAAAAAUCAGAAAUUCGAGAUGGCUGGAGAAACUGAUACCUACAACAAUGGAGGUAACAACGCUUUUAAUGAAGAUAAGAAGCCUGCUCCUGAUCAAUCUACUCAUAUCAAUCUCAAGGUUAAAGGUUCUAUCACCAUAGUGGAGGACAUGGACAGCCUGUUUCAUACAGGCAGCAUGGCGACGAUACAGCAGAAAGAAGCAUGGGAAAUCAUUACGAGACGCUCUUGCAAAGGGGGUUGGAAGCUCACCUAGCUCUGGUGUCACAGUUUAUGCAUCAAGGUUUGCUGCCAAUGCACUUCGUAAACUGUGAAUGAUUGGUUGUUGCAUUUACGGUAUACAAUCAAUUAGGAACGGCCGAACGGUCAAUUUGUAAUCACCAGUGUAAGGUUAUGUGAAUCUUAGUUAUUUUACCCCCAGCCUCCGCCUUGGGACAGAGCCUUCUAUGUGUAACUAGUUUAGGCCUUCAGGCUCUUGAUCAUGGUAUCUGUUUUGUUUGGAGAAUCUUAUGCUAAACCAUCAAAAUAAAAUAUCCAAUGAACUUUAGUAAUGGACUUGAUUCUGAGCUGUGAUGUCUGGACUUAAUACAAUUUAAAAUUCUAUUUUUAUUGUUGA